AGAGGUAAACUGUUUUAUUAAAAGAGUGGCGGUAUUUUUAAAAGCACCUUUUUAAAAGCUAUGUCUGCACCAAAUAUGUAACCAUAGUAACAGGACGUGGUGUCGACUUACUACAACACAUGAGCUGAGAGCUUAUUGUAGAGUGGUGCGAACUGGUUAUUUUUGGGUGAUUUAGUGAACACAAACAGCAUAGAUUUAUCUUGUGUCAUAGUCACAACUUUUUAAUUAAUUGUUCGACUCGCCACAUCAUAGAAAUUGGCAGGCACACAGCGUUUCCUGUCGGAGCUGACAGCCAUCUGUCCGCUGGGGGAAGCUGUCACGGAUGUCUGGUGGGGAGAAGGACCUAUAAAGGUAUCCUACAUUUUCCCAAAUGGAGACAGAUAUGAAGGAGAGUGCAGCAGAUCUGAAUCAGGGGUGAUCAUGAGGAGUGGCACUGGUAAACACACUUCACCAAGUGGGGUCAUAUACAAUGGAGAGUGGCAUGAGGACAAAAUGCAUGGCAGAGGGACCCUGCAACAUCCUUCUGGAGCACUAUAUGAAGGAGAAUUCAGAGACAACAUGUACCAUGGCACAGGAACGUAUACCUUCCCAGAUGGUUCUACUUACAAAGGUCACUUUCACAAGAACAGGUUGGAAGGAGAAGGAGCAUUCACUAAUACAGAAGGACUGGUUUGGACAGGAGAGUUUCACGGCAAAGCAGCACUGGGCUUGAAAAUGCAGCUAAACUUUUAGGCAAAACAAGCAUUAUUGUACUGCAAUGCAUGAACUAUUGUAUGAAACUGUGCUGUAUAUCUAUAUUAAAAUGAAGUGUAUUACAA